AUGGCUACCAGGAGGCUGCUGUGGUGGAUAGAAACGGUAUCCACAGAGAUCCAAGGCGGCCUGUGUCCAGAUUAUGCGCACACUGUGAUCCUGAUGGCGGACGAUACUGGUAUGUUGACCUUUUCACUGCCGCAGUAUGCACCGAUCUCGGUCAUGUACUCGUACAAUGGUAGCUAUCCAUCCAAAAGGUUUAUCCGCGCAGUAACCAAUGGACUCGCACUUCGUCGCUUCCCUACUCUUAACGUUGCUUAUCAUGCCAUACCGGCCGCCGUAUAG